AGAACUGUUUCAGCGAUUCGAGUCUAAGCUUGUUUAACGUAGAGGCUUAUCUUAUUUAAAUAAUCAUGUCCACCAACUUCCCAGCCAGAGCUCUGCAACCUCAUCUAAGGGUAGGCCAGACAAGGUUCUCAUAAGACCGUCUCUCUAUGUAAUGUUUCCUGUCUUGGGAUCUCAAGCAUAAAAAAGACAUCCACUCAUCAUUCCCAAUUUGACAAGGAGCGGAAAAUGGUGCCUGAAAUUGGGAUCCUGAGCGUGGGGUUUUCACUGCUUUGGCUGUUGCCGCUCGUUCACGGCUUGAAGGUAUUCAAGAACAUCCUGGACCUCACGGAUCCCAGCCCAGUGGGUGGAGCUCGAGUGGUGGGUCCAUAUGUGGAGGACAUGACCGAUAUCACAUUGUGCAUCCGUUUCUACUUCCAAAUGCUCGGCAGAUAUGAGGGCAAAAGCCAUUUGAUCUCAAUUGAGGAUUGGCGGGAGAGCGAUGCCGAAGGCCAAUUCCGGCUCUUGUGGUUCGGGGCCAACUAUCCGUUCACGUUCUUUGGCUUUGGAUAUCCACAGAUGUCCAGUUAUCUACUUCAGGAGCCAGUUUCUCGUCGAUAUGACUUCUGGAUCCCCAAUAAGUGGACCCACGUGUGUCUAAGUUUCCAAAAAAAACGCAACUAUCUUCGAAUGGUCAAGGACGGGGGCGCCCUCAAUAUCGAUUUCGAGGAUCCUCUAUUGAAGAAUCUGAAAAUCCCAUCAGAUUUCCUCAAUAAGACUUACAUUGGUCGGUGUCCGUAUGAUUUCAAAGGAGGUUGUUCCAAUCCCGGCGGAAUGUUAUCGGACUUUAACAUCUGGAAUAGAGCCUUGACAGAGGAGCAAAUGAGAAGCUGGACCACGUGCAAGUCUCUACUUAAAGGCAACGUGCUCAAUUGGGACCAAGGCACGUUCCAAUUAGAAAACAUGAUUGAGGAAGACGUUCCCCUGGAUCUAAUCUGUCGUCCCCUUCGUCCUGGUCACGUCCAUUUUCCUGAAGAGAAGAACCUGGUCGAGGCAUUGGAUAUUUGCUUCAAGAUGCGAGCCCAGAUCUCGGUUGUCACAAGUGAAAUGGUUCAAAACGAGCUAAUCGCCCUUUACAACCAGACUCCAAAUGUGUCUAAGGCCGGACGUGGCUUUUUCGGUGGUUGGUGGGAUACCGAGACCGAGGGAACAUUUACCAAUAUCAAUAAUGGAGACAUUUUACGACCCACUGAUUUCCAGCCCUGGUAUUUCGGCGAACCCAAUGGGAACACGUUGGAGAAUUGUCAAACUGUCUGGCCACAUCGUCAAUCCUGGAACGACAUGUCUUGUUCCGUGAAAGCCACGUCCUUUUGCGAAUUCGAGCGUCCACCAUAUCUCCAACUUCGUGGCCUCUGCUCUGACUCCUUGUUUGAUGCCAAAUUCAGUUGGACGGGCAAUUUGGUAAAUGGACGCCAUUCAUUCAAUGGAUUCACUAACUCGAGACUUUUCUGGCUCCCAAACUCGACUCAAUGGAAAUUGGAGCUCCUCAGCGAUCCGAGGGUCUUUGCCAUUGUGAGUACGACGAAUUAUCCCUUCGGAACACACCAGUGGGAUUUCUCCUCGGACUCCUGUAUCUCAGAGGACGCCAACAACAGUUUGGUCACACUGAAUUUCAAUGCGUGCGAUCCAGACGAGUUCAAUUGUCUCGACGGAUACUGCAUUCCUGUUGAAGGGCGUUGUGACGGUAGGAUCGAUUGCUCCGACAAGAGCGAUGAAUUUGACUGUGAAAUGAUCACGAUCGAUCGAUCCUACAUCCGAGAUAUCCCCGCCCCUCCUCAAGUCGACCAAGAGCGCACUCAGAUCAAUGUCAGCGUCGACAUUCUCUCGAUCUUGGAGAUAUCUGAAGUAGAUUCGAAGAUAACGCUUCAAUUCCAGCUCUACUUGAGAUGGUUCGACUCGCGAUUGGUUUUCUCGAACUUGAAGGAGGACUCGUAUUUGAACACUUUGAACUCGGUGGACAAAGCCAAGCUUUGGAUCCCACAAGCCGUGUUCUAUAACACCCAGUACAAAGAGGAAACUACCGACGACGAGAAGGCCUUUGUAAUCGUGGACCGGUUGGGCUCUUCCCGUCCCAAUCCCGUCCAGCAACUCCAAAAUACCCACUACUAUGAAGGUCAAGAUAACCCAUUGACCAUUUCGAGGGUUUACACAAGCGCUUGGAUAUGUGACUUUGACAUGGCCGUUUAUCCAUUUGACACCCAACGCUGUCGAGUCAAAUUUAGUAUGAAAGGAAAUUCGGGCAAUUUUGCAUGGCUCCAAACCGCCACCCUGAGAUAUCUUGGCCCCAUUGACCUCACACAAUACUUUGUUAAAGGCUCCAGCUUUAGCCUCCUAGACAUUUCCGAUGGGCUCGAGGGACUCCAAGUGGAGAUCAUCUUGGGACGCAGGAUCUUAAGCCAGAUACUCACCACUUACCUUCCCACCAUGUUAAUCUGUAUUGUUUCAUUCAGCACCAACUACUUUAAGCCUUUCUUUUUCGAGGCCCUGGUCACCGUCAAUCUAACGUCUCUACUGGUACUCACCACUCUAUUCAUCAGCGUCUCAGAUUCACUCCCCAAGACAUCUUACAUCAAGAUGAUUGACAUCUGGCUUCUCUUUUGCCUCCUGAUCCCAUUUUUCGAGGUCCUCUUGCACACCUUCAUCGAUGGACUUCGUCACGAGCCAUACGGAGAGAUCAACCACCAUGGCCGAUCGGUGAAGGUUCACGAGGCAGAGAAAAUGCCCGAGGUGACGGUCAACUCCAAAGUGAUCCCUUUUCCACGGGUUCGGACUGUCUCGGUUCAAGAAAGAGCUGCCUCAGUCCAGAACCGCCAACUUGUGGCCAGAGACGAGAAGGCCGAAUUGGCAGCACGGCAGAACUUGUAUGAAUCCCUGGUGAUGAACGAGGAUAAACUUCUGCAAAUAUGCACCUCAAUCGCUCGGAAAGGACUCCCUUUGGCGUCCAUUGCAUUUUCAAUCAUCUACUUUGGAGUGGGGAUGUACUUUCGACAACUUGAAGAUGUCUCAGAGGACUUGCAAAGCUAAGGGUGUACAUGAAUAGUGGACAUCCAGGCUUGAUGAAAUCAGAAUUGUAAUGAUAAUAUACGAUACUUGCAUCUUAA